CUGUCCAUGUCAAAAAUGGUAUCGACGUCAAGAGCUCCGUCGGCCUUAGCGGUAGCGUUGCCGCUGGCUCGCGCUGCUCGCUGGACCCCUGCUCUCCGCGUGGAAAGGCCACUCAUCACAAGCAUCGUCCGCCAACUUGCCCACCUGUGCGCCGCCCACACAGCCUCUUUUCUCUUCUUCCCGCCGUUUGUUUCUCCAGAGUGCAUUGCUGAAGCGAGGCUUCGUACGUUCUCUGCGCCCCACCAGUUGCCAACAACUCCCCCACGAAAGGGACCUUCCCCUACGGUCAGGCGCGCGACAGCUUGAGUGGUCUCAGAGGACCGAGGACGCUGUGCGGCCAUGUUGUUCACAAGGCCAUGGGCGAGCUUGUGCUUGCUGGCGGGGAGUCUGGCGGGCGUCAGAAGUCUCGGGCUGAGUGAGGAUCCGGAUAUCAAGGCCAUCUCGCUACGCACACACAGCCUCGAGCCUCCAUACCUCGACUCGGACAUGCAGAGCCGCUGGUGGGACUUUGGAGGAGACACAAUCAUUCGAACCGACCAGUACAUCCGCCUCUCGUCGGACAAGCCCUCGCGCGACGGCUGGCUGUUCUCCCGCGUGCCUCUGACCGCUACCAAUUGGGAGAUCACGAUUGAAUUCAAGGUCCAUGGCCAGGGCAACCUCUACGGCGACGGCUUCGCCAUGUGGCUCACCAAGCAGCGCGCGCAGCCAGGGCCUGUCUUUGGCCACGCCGACAACUUCGAGGGCCUCGGUAUCUUCGUCGACACGUACAAGAACAACCGCCCAGGCACCGUGUUCCCCUACAUCAUGGCCAUGAACGGCGACGGCAAGACCAAGUACGACAAGGACAACGACGGCAAGGCGAACGAGGUCGCCGGCUGCUCUGCGCGCGGAAUCCGCAACUCCCAAGUCCCCACCAAAGCCCGUCUCACCUACUUCCAAGACUCCUUCCUCAAGCUCGAGCUUCAAUACAAGUCCGAAGACGAAUACACGACCUGCUUCGAGAUCCCCAAUUUCAAGGUGCCGCCCGUCGCCUACCUCGGAUUCAGCGCCGAAACCGGGGAGCUGAGCGACAACUUCGACAUCGUCUCCGUCAAAGCGCUGAACUUGUACAAGCGCAACCCCGGCCAGGCUGCCGGGUCAGGCGCCACGAAGCCCGCCAAGACCGCGUCCAGCAUGACGCGCGAGCAGGAGGGAGGCAGCUGGACCUGGUUCCUGAUGAAGUUCGUGCUGUUUGGACUCGCACUGACCGGCGCGUACGUCGGCUUUACCAUCUACCGCACAAGGCAGCGAGACAGGUUCUAGAAACGCUCUGGAAAAUCGCAGUCGCAUGUCCCGGCCAAGGCCUUCCACCAACGCCAUUUCGAUUGGGCGGCAGAAGGCCUUUUUGGCUGUGGAGGUAGUGUGUGGAUAUGCACGGAUCUGAAGGAACAGGUGUGGUUCGAUGAAGUGGUCGAGCGGCGGCGCAGGUUAUGUGGUAUCAGCGGCUUGCGCUCGCCUGGCAGAGUGGCGCCGACGUACCAUGUGAGCUGGGUGCGUGGGUCGACGGGAUGUGGCGUCAGUCUCUGGUUGUGUACGUUUGCGCGUGCGCGGCGGUGGGCUGAGAAAGCCAUGGUCGGGUGUGAAUGUUGACCGCCAUUAUUUGUAGCAUUGUUUGCAUUGUUCAUCCCCCCUUUUUCUUCCCUAUGGAGCUCAAAAAUACCAACCAAUGUUGAUGAUCAGACGCACGCACAGUAGCUCACAUACCACUGUGUAAGUAAAA